AGGGCGAAGCGGACCUAUCAACACACACAAGCCACGCAAUGUAGCGUGUCAAUACCUCAUAACACGUCUUACUUGACUACCGAAUACAGCUUCAUCCGUCAAUAUUGAACCCCACAUAUCACGAGAUAGCCCUAGAACCAAAGGUCCAAUCCGAUCCGCCACAAGGGUGCAAUGCUGCCGUCUACCCCAGCGGGGCGUGCUGUGCAGGUAAACGGUGGCCAGAAUAUUGUGCGUUCAAGACAACCUGCGCCUAGUGUGGUGCGGCUGAGGCUUGGCGGCCCGUUAUCGUGCACCCAUGACAGUCUAGAUAAAUGGGAGUACUCUUGGUCUCGCGAACCAUGUGUCGGUUUCGAGGUUAACAAAGCUUAGGAUCGUACGUGCUACUGUAAGUGUCGGAUCGCCGAGGCUUGGGCUACCCCCGUGGCGUCAACCAAGGACAGGAUAGUCGUCCUCUAUCAAACUCUACCCCUCUUCCACCCCCUUCUACCGAGCGACACCGAUUCGCUCCAGCCGCUGCAAUGCAUAGUCUGGUCAGCUCUGCCAAGGGCCUUACCAAGGGCGUGCGUCUCGCCGCCGAGACGGCCGCGUGGGCCGGCAACGCCGUCUCGCGCCAGAUCAGGGGCAGCCGGAACAGCGUGUGCCUCGUCUGCAACAACCUACAGCCGUACCGCCACGAGGACGCGUUCGGCCGGCCCAGCGCCGUCUGGGACCAGCUGAGCGACCCGGAGCAGGCCGCGCGGCGAAAGGAGCUGUCCUCGGUCCCGACCCUGGUGCUCGAGCACCUGUCUACUAAGAAGCUCCUCGAGUGCCGCGAGCUUGACCCCGCCACGGGCCGCCUGAAGAACGACUGCAAGUACUGCCGCCUGCUGUGCGAGAUCUUCGACGCCUAUUUCAUCGACGAGUGGAUGAGCUGGAUCACCGAGACCAAGAACAACAUGCCGAUCCAGUUCGGCCUGAUGAUCCGGGAGGGCGCGCCGCUGAUCGUCAACUGCUGGAACUUCACCUACGACAAGUGGUUCCAGAACGCGAGGGUCGAUCUCGAGCUCUACAUGAGCCCGAUGCCCCAGUACCCUAUACCGGGCGCGCCCACUAUGGGGCCCACGGGGAUCCGCGCCACAGACGUCCGCUCCGACCAGUGCAUGAGGUUCAUGAAGGAGAGCGUCACAGAGUGCUGUACGACACACCCGGCUUGCGCGUUCCAACCCGGCGCCUUCGUCCCGACGAGGUUAAUCUACAUCGGUGGGGGCAAGGGUGCGCUCAUGCUAUGCGAAGGCCUGCCCGCGGGCCAGAACGUCGUAUGGGCGGCCCUCAGCCAUUGCUGGGGCGGCGGUAACCCCCUAUCCUUGUUGGGGUCCAAUAUCGCUAGCCUAAAGGAGCGCAUCGACUUCGCCCAGCUGCCAGCGACAUUUCAGGACGCCGUCACGGUAGCCCUCGAGCUCGGGCUGGCAUACCUCUGGAUCGAUUCGCUGUGCAUUGUCCAGGACGAUAAGACGGAUUGGGAGAAGGAGGCCGCCCUCAUGGGGGCCGUGUACAACCAGGCGUUUAUCGUCAUCAGCGGCGCGUCGUCGCCAAACCCGAGCACGCCGUACCUGCGGCCGCGCGAGGAGGAAUGGCUGCCGAAAUGCUUCAGCUUCUCGCCGUCGCCCGGCGUCGAGAUACCGAUCAUGGUGCGGCAGCGGCACCUCCUGGCGGCGCCGCUCGAGCAGGGGCUGCUGGAGCCUCCGUUCACGAGCUCGUGGGCGACGCUGAAGCGGGUCGGCCCGCUGUACGCGCGCGGGUGGUGCUUCCAGGAGUCGUUCCUCGCGAGGCGGAUCCUGCACUUCGCGCCGGGGGCCGUCAUCUACGAGUGCAAGACGCACCGCAAGAGCGAGGACCAGCUGCCGCCGUACCCGUCGACGGCGCCCGGCACGCUCGGCGAGGUCGGCCCGGCGGAGCAGUGGCACAUGAUCGUCCAGUCGUACACGUCGCGCCAGCUGACCUUCACCAAGGACAAGCUGCCGGCGAUCGCGGGCGCCGCGACCGCGAUGCCGCAGGCGCGGACGAGCCGCUACCUCGCGGGGCUGUGGAGCGAGACGCUGCUGCUCGACCUGCUCUGGCAGGUGAUGCCGGGGCGGACGCACGCGCCGCUGAUGACGCCGGAGCACGAGGCGAACGCGCCGACGUGGUCGUGGGCGUCGGUGGACUGGGGGGUGACGUGGGACACGCUCAAGUCGCCGGCGCCGCUCGCGCGCGUCGUCGCGGCACAGACCGAGGUGCCCGGCGCAAACCCCUACGGGCAGGUGGCCAAGGGCACGGUCACGAUCCAGGGCCGCAUCAAGUACUGCCGCCUCGUCGCCGACUACCACCGGAACGAGCACUGGGUCUCCUACCAGAAGCCCGACGGCUCGGCCAGCCGCAAGCUGCACUUCCGCACCGACGGCGCGCUCGUCGCCGGCGCGGUGCCGGGGCGCGCCGACACGUUCGCGUGCCGGUCGCGGCUGACGACGGGCGGGACCGCGAUCGAGACGGGCGCCGUGUUCCUCUGCAUCGCGAAGUGCCCCUGGAUGAAGAGCGACCACGUCGGGCUCAUACUGGGCGUCUCUCCCAAGUACCCCGGGUUCAUGGAGAGAGUUGGUAAAAUCACGAACGUCUCGAGAGACUGGUACGAUACGGGAAGCGAUGCCACGGUCACCAUCGUAUAGUAUGAACAGUAACAAGGCCAGUGGGUGAUUUACAGCGAUAUCACGAGGGGAAUGCGUAUAUACCCGAUUCCGGUUGGAGGAUUUAGCAUCACACAAUGAGCCAACGGCCAUCUGUGAGCCACCUUUGGGCGAGGACCUGUUUCCGAGCAAAAGCGGCGAGUCGCACCCAGUGCCCUGUUCUUUCAUCAUUAUCUUGCUUUGGCGUUUUCGGCAACACUUUCGACGCUAUAAGUUACACCUUGGCUGGUAUUGAGCCAAUGCGAUCUUAGAUUCCUCUCACGACACCAGACAAAGGGACAGAGUCUGCCCAUAGUGACGCUCGACGAUCUCCCGAUACGCCCCAGCAAGACACUCGUCACUCCCCCGAAACGAGGAAACCAUUUCACUACCCCUGCUUACCACAACUUUUCCUCAUCUCCUCUUCUCGCGUUUUAUUCCCCUUUUUCUGUCUGCUCGGGCACCGUUCAGGGGGUAUUUAAGUAGAUGCAGGGGGCUAAUCGCGUUUUGUUGCAUAAUCGCGCGUAUUAGUAUAUACCUAGGGUUAAUGAUAUCGCAUAAAUGCAUGGCCGUUGGUGAUUAGGUGGAUUUUGGGCGGAUUAGCAGACGCAACAUCCUAUCCC